AUGUCAAGUGACGAAGCAUCAUCACCUUACGACUCAGACUCAUCGGAGUCAUCGUCAUCAGAAGAAGAACAGCAACAAAUUGCAAAGCCAGUAUUCAUUUCCAAGAAAAAUCGAACGGAAUCACCACAUCAAGCAAGCACCGAAGAUGAAGAUAAGCGAAAGCGAGAAGUGCUUUUGUCUAAACUAUCAACUGAUCAAACGAUUACAUCUGAAGGGGAGACAAAUAAACCUUCAAAUGAAGAUUUUGAUGGCAUUGAUGAUACCGAUGACUUGAAUCCUGAAGAAGAGUACAAUGCUUGGAAACAACGGGAGGUGAUGAGAUUUAAUCGUGAUCAACAGUUGAUUAUCGAAAAGGAAAUUCUCAAAGAAGAAGCGUUGCAACGUGCAAAGAAGUAA